CAUAAGUGUUACUGUUGUAUUUGUGGUGGCCUAGUGUUAAGGUUAUAUGCUCGGUGGCACUGCGGGGAGGGUAAUUCUCACACUGCUCCAAUCUACAAACAGGAACCACAGCGCACACACACACACAGAGUGGGAGCGUGAAGCAAACCGGGGGCGGGCAGAAGGGAGGACCGUUCUGCAUUCAGCCGAAAGCCGUUCUCCCGUCCCCGAGACCGGGAGGAGCUGGAGGCCUGGCGUUCGGUCUGGGUGCGGCGGUCAUGGUUGAAUACCUAGCAGUGCAAAGCAUGAUGUGGGCAAGAAAACACAUAAGUGAAGAGGCAGAGAAUCCACAGUCUCCUUCUGCCAAAUCUCGUUGCAUCAUCAGUCAAUGACUUGGCUUCAUUGAUCUUUGAUAUCCCUGUACUAUGGCUUGCAAAUUGGGAACUUACAAUUUUCCUCAAAGAUUGAAGCUGCUGCUAAUUAUUGUUAGUCUUGGCUCUAUUCUUACUUGGAUAGUAACUCAUAAUAUCCAGGACCUAGUGUGGGAAGUGAAUCCACAACCCUUGGCACAAAAAGUACAAAAAUUGACUGGAGUUUGGAUGACUUCAGCAGGUCCACCCAGACCACAGUCAGUGUCCCCAACUCCAACUAGUCUUCCAUUGUGUGCUUUUCUAUCACCUUACCUACGUGGUGCAACAGCAUUAAAAUUUGAUGCACGGCUUACCUUCGAACAAGUUCAGAAAAGCAACCCAAAAGUGCAGGAAGGGAGAUAUAGACCUCAAGAAUGUCAUGCUGUUCAGCGUGUUGCUAUACUGAUUCCAUAUAGGAACCGGGAAAGACAUCUUCUCUACUUGCUUGAGCAUUUACAUCCAUUUCUACAGCGGCAGCUUCUGGAUUAUGGGAUCUAUGUCAUUAAUCAGGCUGGUAAUGGAGUGUUUAAUCGAGCAAAGCUGUUGAAUGUCGGCUUCUUGGAAGCACUGAAGGAACACCAGUGGGACUGUUUCAUUUUCCAUGAUGUUGAUCUUGUACCAGAAAAUGAUUUCAAUCUGUACCUUUGUGAUCAUGAGCCAAAACACCUUGUUGUAGGACGGAAUGCUACUGGAUACAGGUUGCGCUACAAAGGGUAUUUUGGUGGAGCAACAGCAAUGACCAAGCAGCAAUUCACCCGAGUCAAUGGAUUUUCCAAUCGUUAUUGGGGAUGGGGUGGUGAGGAUGAUGACCUUCGCAUAAGAGUUCAGCUGCAGAAAAUGAAGAUUGUCCGUCCUGCGCUUGAAGUUGCCCGAUAUACAAUGACUUUCCACACAAGGGACCAUGGAAAUGAAAUCAACCCAGAGAGGAUGGCGCUCCUGAAGAAAGUUCCACAAGUUUGGAGUAAAGAUGGUUUGAACUCCUGCUCCUAUAAAGUGCUAAUGAUUGAACACAAACCCUUGUACAUUAAUAUCACUGUGGACAUUGGUGAUCCUCGUCACAAUCCUGAAGUUGCUGUCUAAAUGUGGCAUCCCGGCCUUCACAAAUGACUUUUAUCAUGAUCAGCAUCUUUUGUACAAGUUCUCCUUUUUGAGAUGGAUAAAUAAAUUUAAGGUUGCAUUA